AUGGCUUCCCUGGGAUCAUUGGUGUUCUGCACCGACUGCGGAAACCUUCUGCCCAUGUCAAAGGGUUCCGAUCGCAACAGGCUCGUCUGCCGCUGCUGCGGCGCUCACAACCAGGACCAAUCGGCGUCGCAGACGAUUGUCACCAGCUCCAACCCAAAGGACUUUCCGUCGCCAUUGCGCCAGAAGCUGUCGACAACGCAGUCAGUUGAGCGCCACAAGGUGUCGACUGAGGCUGUAACCACAGAGACUUGCCCCAAGUGCGGUCGGACCGAAGUGCGGUUUACGACGGCGCAAAUUCGCAGCGCUGACGAAGGCUCCACGGUCUUCUUCCACUGCGACUGUGGUCACAGAUGGUCUGAAAACAACUGA